AUGAAUGGUCGGACAAAUGAAGCAGGUGAUAAACACCCAGCUUCUUCCACUGAUCCUAGUGAGUCAACGUGUGAACCAUCAGAUAUGACCUCCAAGGAUUAUUACUUUGACUCGUAUGCUCAUUUCGGAAUCCACGAGGAAAUGCUGAAAGAUGAAAUCAGAACUCUCACCUAUCGCAGUGCUUUAGUUCAUAAUAAACACCUCGUUAAAGACAAAGUAGUGUUGGAUGUGGGAUGCGGGACUGCCAUUUUGUGCCUUUUUGCUAUCAAGGCUGGUGCCAAACACGCUAUUGGGAUUGAAUGCUCCAACAUCAUUGACAGGGCAAUGGAAGUUGUCCGAGCUAAUAAUAUGGCCGAUCGGAUCACUUUAAUUAAAGGAAAAGUGGAAGAGGUAGAGCUGCCACCUGAGUACCCAAAAGUUGAUAUUAUCAUCAGCGAGUGGAUGGGGUAUUGUUUAUUUUACGAAUCAAUGUUGAACACAGUGAUUUUUGCCAGAGACAAAUGGUUGGCUCCCCAUGGUUUGAUUAUGCCAGAUCGUGCAACUCUUUACGUGUGUGCUAUUGAAGAUAGGCAAUACAAGGAUGAGAAAAUUAACUGGUGGGACAGCGUGUACGGGUUCGAUAUGAGUUGUAUCAGAAAAGUUGCACUUACAGAACCCUGGUCGAUGUUGUUGAUCCCAAUCAAGUUGUGA